AGUACUACGAAGAAGAAGAAUACGAAACAGCAGCAGCCUAGGAGGAGUGAAGAAAAGUAGAGCUUCCAUUAACCCAGCCUGAGGUGGCUAGGUCAAUGUUAGCAAGGUAACACUAAUGAUUGUUCUCUCUGUUAAACACUUCUCCUCAUUGCUGACUCGACAUGGGAAAGAGAGACAAUCGAGUGGCUUACAUUAACCCUAUUGCUGCUGCACGGGCCAGGGGACCGGUACAGAACUCUGGACCAACCAUACAGGAUUAUUUAAGCAGACCUCGACCAACAUGGGAAGAGUUGAAGGAGCAGUUGGAGAAGAAGAAGAAGGGCUCUCGAGCCCUGGCUGACUUUGAGGACAAAAUGAACGAGAAAUGGAAGAAAGAACUGGCAAAAAACAGAGAGAAGUUGCUAGGUGGAAGUGACAAGGACAAAGAGAAAGACAAAAAGACGGCAGACAAGGAGAAAGAGGAGAAGAAAGAAAAAAAAGAGAAAAAGAAGAAAGAGAAGAAGAAAUCCAACAGGCAUUCUUCAUCUUCCUCCUCUUCAUCGAGUUCUGAUUCCUCCAGCAGCUCCUCCUCAGAAUCUGAAGACGAGGAUGAAAAGAAGAGUGUGAAGAAAAAACGGAAGAGGAAGAAGUCAUCGGCCAGGAGAGCAUCAGACAGCUCGGAGGAAGAAUCGGAUGCUGAAAGCAAGAAGAAAAAGAAAAGAAACAAGGAGGAAGGGGACAAAGAAAAGGAUGACAAGACCCGCAGGAGAAAAAGGAAAGCCUCUUCGGAGUCCUCUGCGGACUCUGAGGGGGAAGAGGUAGCUGAGGCUAAGAAGAAAAAGAGAAGUAGCGAGGAAAAGGAGAAAAUCACAGAUAAAUCCAAGAAGAAGAGGAAAAAGAAGCACAAGAAACACGGCAGAAAAAAGAAAAAGAAGGCAGCGUCUCAGUCGGACUCAGAGCUCGACUAACAACCGUAGCUUUACAGUUCUCUCGGCUUCCCGGCAGGUCACUAGUAGUGUUAUUUUUGCCUUCAACCACCAAAAACUUUUCCCAUCCGGCUUCGGUCAUCGCAUUCGAUCAAGGAGACCUACAGACUUGUAACACUGGGGUGAAAACAAGGGAGGCACCCAUCCCUCUAAGUGGCAACUACCGGUACAUAUCUUUUGUUGACUUUUCUCACCAUGCUUUUUUAGAUGAUUGUUAUUUGAGUUACAGCCAACGAUGGGACUGAAGUGAAUUCUGCAACACCCCCUGCCACCCCAUCUCGGAGUUUUCUGUGUGACUGGCACUCGCUUUCGCCUUCAGUAUGCUGGCCCUCUAGGAAUCACACCCUCUGCUUCAUACCCGACAUCUUACAUUUCUAGUUGCUGGAUGAGGCUGAUAUGCUAGUGCCUGUGUCAUGCAUGUAGACCCGAUAACCUGAUGUCCCGCCAGCCUCAUAUUGAAGUUGGACGAAACGUGAGCUGCACAGUCGACGUUUAUACAAGGGAUAAUUGUUCAGUGAGAUGAAUUGUUACACUGCAGUGUAAAUGUAUAAACAAUGGGAAUUCAUUAAUAAAGUAUUGUUUUAACCUUUA